UGCCUUACAUUUAGGGAGGUUAUACUCCACAGAAUUUCCUUAAGUUUCUUUAGUAAUUACUGAGCAUCUUACAUAACUCCAUCACUGUUUGGAGACACAGUCCCUCUGUGUCCAGGAUGGCUGUGAACAGGAUGGCUGUGAUCCUCCUGCCUCAGAUUCCCAAAGUGCUAGCAUUUUAGGCAUCAGUCUAUGUUAUUACUUUAUUUCAGAAGAAACCAAUGAGUAGAGGUUUUUUGAUAAUGAGCAAGUAGACAUUCAUAGAGGCUUGGUAAGUUCCACGAUUACUAACCGGCAAAGCAGAACACUUCCUAAUUCUUUUUGUUUUAGUUUUCUUGUUUGAAGUGCUAGAGAGUCCUCAUUCUGUCCAUCUCCAGGCAGGUGACUCUGCAACAAUGGUAUGCUAUUCUCUGUCACUAGGUAUCAUCUGUGGCACUCACCCUGCUCACCAAGUCUCUGCUGUGUUCAGACAGCAAUGCUCCUCUUGGCCUGUAGUCUUAGUUCCUUAUAAACACACAAUCCCUCUUUGGGGGUUCACUACCCAGCUACUACUAAAGUUCUGACUUAACUAAAUCUCAAGUUCUAAAAAAGUUGGGUUCUGGGCAUGGCACAACAUGCCUUUAAUCCCAGCACUUUGGAGGCAGAUACAGGAGGAUCACUAUGAGUCUGAGACCAGCCUAGUGCACAGUAAAGUGUCCGUGAUAGCCAAGGCUGCACAGAGAGACCCUGCAGAGAGGAGGGGGGAGGAGGAGGAAGAGUUUUUCUACAUUAGAUUUCCAUAUAUUUUUGGUUACUCUCCCUCCACAUCUGUUUCUCAUUUGUAAGAUGGGGAGUUCACAAAGAUUCUAGAACCUAGAUGCUGAUAUCUCAUCUGUAGAUGAGGAAACUAAGGCAGAGAAGUUAAAGAAUUUGUCCAAGAAUCGCAACUGUUUCUGUGGUUCUUCACACGAAAGGUAUAUAAUUCCUCAAACUUUGUUUCUAGAAACAUACAUGCACACACUUAAGUAUAUAUUUCUUGCAUAGAUUUUUCCUCCCAGGCUGUUAUUUAAAUGUGACCUUUGUUCAAAUCUCAGUUAGCAUUAUUGAAAGGAUCUCCACCCAUGCCGUUUCUCUUAUGUGGCUUUCGGGCAUCUGUCUGCCCAAGAAGGCAAUGUAAUAGAAGAGGUAAUGCAACCUUACCUUGCUUGCUGCCAGAUACAGGCAAUUUUAGGUUUUUUUUGCAUCAAUUUUCAUGCCAUGAAAUGUUAAGAUGCAAUGAGAACGCUUGGUGGCGCUGCAGGAUAAGAAAGUAAAAGUGGAAGGCAGCUGUGGAGGAAAAAAAGGAAAAGAAAAAAAAAUUGCUGAAGCCUGGAAGCCCAGAGAAGCUCGGACACCUCAGAGAGGAGGUCUGCGCCCCCGGGAAAGGACUGGAGUAAUUCUCGGGUAUCUAACGAGAUAACCACAGUACCAGAUACCAGAGGAAUUUACAGUUCUGUUGAAGCAGCCUCCAGGACGCUGCAGCAGCACAAGCAAUGGAGGCCGGCAGGAAGCUCACUGGCAGACAAAGGCAAGUCCUUUUUUUCUUUUUCCUAUUAGGAUCAUCUCUGGCGAGUGCAGGGGAGCUGAGGCGCUAUUCUGUGGUGGAGGAAAGGGAGGGUAGGUCCUUUGUAACCAAUUUAGUAAAUGACCUAGGUCUUGGGCAGAAGGAGCUCUCCAGACGAGGGGCUAAGGUCAUUUCUAAAGGGAACAAACUACAUUUGCAGCUGGAUCAGGAGACAGGAGAUUUGCUCUUAAUUGAGAAAGUGGACCGGGAGGAACUGUGUGGGCACACGGAGCCAUGCCUGCUACGUUUCCAAGUGUUGCUAGACAAUCCCUUAGAGAUUUUUCAAGCUGAGCUAGAAGUAACAGACAUAAAUGACCACUCUCCAGCAUUCAUGGACAAAGAAAUCUUGCUAAAGAUAUCAGAAAGCAGUCUUCCUGGGACUGUAUUUCCUCUGAAGAACGCUCAAGACAUGGAUGUAGGCCAAAAUGGUAUUCGUAGCUAUCAUAUCAGUUCCAAUUCCUAUUUUCAUGUGCUCACUCGAAAACGCAGCGAUGGCAAGAAAUAUCCUGAGCUGGUUCUAGACGGAGCUCUGGAUAGAGAGGAGGAAGCUGAGCUCAGGUUAAUCCUCACAGCUCAGGAUGGCGGCUCGCCACCUAGGUCUGGCACCACUGAGGUCCACAUUGAAGUCCUGGACAUCAAUGACAAUGCUCCCCAGUUUGAACAGCUUUUUUACAGGGUACAGGUCCCAGAGGAUAGUCCAAUAGGCUUUCUGAUCGUCACCGUUUCCGCUACGGAUAAGGACAUAGGCGUCAAUGGGGAGAUCUCCUAUUCACUUUUUCAGGCGUCAGAUGACGUCAGCAAAACCUUUUCGAUCCACCCCUUGACGGGGGAAGUGCGACUGAGAGAACAACUUGAUUUUGAAAAGACUCAGUCCUAUGAAGUCAAUGUUGAGGCCAGAGACGCUGGAACCUUUUCUGGAAAGUGCACGAUUCUGACUCAAGUCAUAGAUGUGAAUGACCAUGCUCCAGAGAUUAUCCUGUCUGCUUUUACCAACCCCAUCCCUGAGAAUUUGCCAGAAAUUAUGGUGGCAGUGUUUAGCGUAUCUGAUCUAGAUUCAGGAGAAAACGGCAAAACAAGUUGUUCCAUUCAGGACGAUCUACCUUUCUUCCUAAAGCCUUCUGGAGAAAACUUUUACACACUGUUAACACAGAAAGCACUUGACAGAGAGACUACGGCAGAAUACAACAUCACCAUCAGUGUUGCAGACAUGGGGAGUCCCAUACUGAGAACACAAGUCAAUAUAACAGUGCAGGUCUCCGACAUAAACGACAACGCCCCCGCCUUCACUCAAACCUCCUACACACUCUUUGUCCAAGAGAACAACAGCCCCGCCCUGCACAUAGGCACCAUCAGCGCCACAGACUCAGACUCAGGCUCCAAUGCCCACAUCACCUACUCACUGCUGCCCACCCACGACCCGCAGCUGGACCUCUCCUCGCUCAUCUCCAUCAAUGCUGACAACGGGCAGCUGUUCGCGCUCAGGGCGCUGGAUUAUGAGACCCUGAAGACUUUUGAGUUCCAGGUGGGCGCCACAGACCAAGGCUCGCCCGCGCUCAGUAGCCAGGCGCUGGUGCGCGUGCUGGUGCUGGACGCCAACGACAAUGCACCCUUCGUGCUCUACCCACUGCAGAACGCCUCUGCGCACUUCACAGAGCUGCUGCCCAGGGCGGCAGAGCCUGGCUACCUGGUCACCAAAGUGGUGGCUGUGGACCGCGACUCUGGCCAGAAUGCCUGGCUGUCGUUCCAGCUGCUCAAAGCCACGGAGCCAGGGCUGUUUAGUGUAUGGGCUCACAAUGGCGAAGUGCGCACGUCCAGGCUGCUGAGUGAGCGCGAUGCGCCCAAGCACAGGCUGCUGCUGCUGGUCAAGGACAAUGGCGAUCCUCCAAGGUCUGCCAGUGUCACUCUGCAUGUGCUGCUGGUGGAUGGCUUCUCUCAGCCCUACCUUCCCCUGCCUGAGGUGGCGCGAGACCCCGCUCAGGAUGACGAUGCACUCACGCUGUACCUGGUCAUUGCCUUGGCAUCUGUGUCUUCGCUCUUCCUCUUGUCUGUGCUGCUGUUCGUGGGGGUGAGGCUGUGCAGGAGAGCCAGGGCGGCCUCUCUGGGUGUUUGUUCUGUGCCUGAAGGACACUUUCCUGCCCACCUGGUGGAUGUCAGUGGGGCAGGGACCCUGUCCCAGAGCUACCAGUAUGAGGUGUGUCUGACAGGGGACUCUGGAACUGGUGAGUUCAAAUUCCUGAAACCAAUUUUACCUAAUUUCCAAGACCAUCCUCUUGGACCAGAAAUGGGCGAAAAUUCCAACUGUAGAAACGACUGGGGUUUCGGCAUUCAGUUAAAAUAGCUUUUUUUUUUUUUAUCAUGUGUAGUGUGUUGUUGUUGUUAGCUCAGGCUACUAUUCUUGCUGCGCCCAUUAUGAACAUUUGAAGCCUGCUGAAAGCUUGUUUGCAUAUUCUGGCCGCGGUGAGGCCAUCUCAUCUUUUCUCCAGAUCGAAGAUGAAAUGUUCUAAUCUUGUCUUUCUAACGUGCCUCUUUUCAUACAAAUCUUGCUGUGGGAUAGCUUAGGAAUGUACAAGAGACGAAGUGGAAAAUCAGUUCAACCCAAUCAGAUGCAGUUCAGUGUGUGUCCUGUUCCCAGUGGUUAGCCAUUGAGUACAUAAUACACAGCAUGGCUCGGAUGCGAUGAAAUCUAAUCAGAAAUGGGAAAGACGGGCCCACUGAGGGGCCUGGCUUUUGCUUUAUUUGGCCUCCACUGGACUAACUUUGUCGUUGGUGUCAUCAUUAAAAAAUGUUACCUAGCUGCCUAAAAAAGCCUGUUUUUGCCUUUAAUAUCACGAUUUUAAACUGCUUUUUGUUGUGUUUUGUUGGUAUGGAGAAGAAUUCAGAAAGCCACCCCUGUUUGUCUGGUAAGCUGAAGUAGUGUGGCUGUAAAAUUGACUUUUCUCCUCUGAGAAAUAUUUGCCAGUGAAAGAAACUGCAAAUACGAAUAUGCAUUCUUUUCCCCCUUCUUUUGUGCAUUUUUGUUUUUGUUGUUUGUUUGUUUGAGACAGGGUUUCUCUGUGUAACAGUCCUGGCUGUCCU